AUGUCCGUGACUGUCAAGCACCUGAAUGCCGAUAGUAGUUUCCUUCUGCUCUUCUCUGCCGACACCCAGCCUUCAUCUCCCGAAGCGAACCCCUCGAAUCCUGUUUACAGUAUCCUUAUCGAUCCAUGGCUUCAGGGAGACUCCAUCGUCACUGCGCCGUGGUUUGCCAUCACCAAGCAUGUUGUCCCAUCUUGCAUACGACAUCUUUCCGAGAUUGACGAACCGGAUGUUGUUGUGGUGUCGCAAAACAAGCCAGAUCACUGCCAUGCCGAGACAUUGAGACAGCUGCCGCCAGACUGCAAGACCAUCAUUGCGGCUGAGCCCGGAGCUGCCAAAGCAAUAAAGAGCUGGAAUCACUUCGACCCGGCGCGAGUGCUGGCUCUCCCCAAAUUCAAUCCACAGAAAAAGUUCUCCUAUGCGACUUUCUAUGUGCCUCCAUUGUCCCCGGGAGGCCAUCGGGGAGUGGUCACAAUAUCGUUCAUCCCGGCCAAGAAUUACAUGACUGGCUUGCACAACGCUAUCGGCAUAACCUACCUGGCGCCAACUCAUAUCAAAUCUGCCGCAUCAGUGCCGACAGUGGACUUGCAAAGGAGGGCACCAUACUUCCACCUACCACUCAGCCCACCAACAUCUCCCCCGCCCGUGCGAGCUAGUCUAAACAGACCGGUAACUGCUGGAUCCGAUGUUCACAAACGUCCCGCCUUCGAAAGAUCUCUAACUGCAGAUGCUGGAGGCUAUCGUCCAUGCCUCUCCCCGGGCUUUGGCCCUCUAUCCCCUGUGACACCACAAUCGCAACGCCUACCAUAUUCACCACCAGCAGUUUUCAGUUCUGAUAGCGACUCGCCGACCUCUACUUUUUCUAAAUAUUCAAGAGAGUGGAACUCAGACUCCAACGCCCCGGUCGACUCUGCCUUUCAACCCCAUAACAGCAGUCUAUUUGAUAAGCCUCUUCCAACACCUCCACUCUCUCCAAGCAAUUCUUCCUCUGACACAGCAUCCACAAUCCAUACGCCCAGAUCUAGUACUGGCUCGCAUCCGCUCCCUAGUGCUAACCCAGUCACAGCUGGGCGACCAAGACCGCUAUCCAUCCUGUAUACUCCCCACGGUAUUCCGUUCAAACCUGAUCUGAUGCCUUAUGCCAAACAUCAUCUCGUACAACACAGUGCCUUACCAUUGACCAUUCUGUUGCACUCGUUUCAUCGAUCCACCAAUCCAUGGUAUCUUGGCGGCAAUAUCACGGCUGGCACGGAAGGCGGCGUUCAGAUAGCUCGAGGACUGAUGGCCAGAUGCUGGCUAUCAGCCCACGACGAAUCCAAAGACGAUCAAGGUUUCAGCGUCAAGAGGCUGAAGACGUCGAGAGUGAGCCCGGAGGAUGUGAGAAGGGCUUUAUGGGAAGGUCCGGAGGGAGAAGAGAUGCGAAGAAAAGGGUGGAACUGUGACGUUCGAGGCCUGGCAUCAGGACAGGAAAUGAUAAUAGGCCAGAGCAGAGAUCUGCUCAGCGGCAUGGAGAACAAGAGGGAAAGCAGGCUGAUGAAGUUCGGACCACCGCCGAUUCUCACUACUGAUAUGACUGCCUGGGGGACGUGA